GCGAUGAGGAUUGCAGGCCUGAAAAAGGGCAAAAGAUGACCUUUAGUAGGGGCUCCCAACCCAGAACCACAGGAAAUCAAAUAGCCCGCAAGAACUAGGAAAGAAAAUACACAACUGGCCUUCAGCGCUAUCACCUAUCUCCCUCACACGGAAAGUAGCUCCAAACAGCCAAUCAGCGGCGACGCUGGACGUAGACGUGCUACGCCGUCACAUUGAGGCAAGAUGGCUGCGCCCUACAGAUUCUCUCUUGUUACUUAAGUUUUUUUUGCCCGUCCCUCCUGUCAGUUUCAAAGUCAGAUUUUCACCCAGCAUGUUCUCCUUCCGAGGCUGUGGCGGUCGGGUCGCGGCUUCCUUCACCAAGCGGCAGUUUCCGUUGCCCCGGUUGAGCAGUGACAGCGCGGGGCCCCGGACUCCGCACUUCGACGUGAUAGUCAUUGGUGGAGGACAUGCCGGGACUGAGGCAGCCACUGCCGCCGCUCGGUGCGGCUCUCGGACUUUGCUCCUCACGCAUCGCGUGGACACGAUCGGUCAGAUGUCAUGCAAUCCUUCCUUUGGUGGCAUUGGAAAGGGGCAUUUAAUGAGGGAAGUAGAUGCCUUGGAUGGCCUGUGUUCUCGCAUCUGUGACCAGUCUGGUGUACAUUACAAAGUAUUAAAUCGGUGUAAGGGACCAGCUGUGUGGGGUCUGAGAGCUCAGAUUGAUAGGAAACUCUAUAAACAGAACAUGCAGAAAGAAAUCUUGAGUACACCACUGCUUACUGUUCAGGAGGGAGCUGUAGAAGAUCUUAUUCUUACAGAACCAGAGCCUGAACACACUGGAAAAUGCCGUGUCAGUGGUGUUGUUUUGGUGGAUGGAAGCACAGUAUAUUCAGAGAGUGUGAUUCUGACUACCGGGACAUUUCUGAGAGGCAUGAUUAUAAUUGGAUUGGAGAUGCAUCCAGCAGGACGUUUAGGGGAUCAGCCUUCUAUAGGAUUGGCUCAGACGCUGGAGAAGUUAGGGUUUGUGGUGGGAAGGUUGAAGACUGGGACUCCACCCCGAAUUGCCAAAGAGUCCAUUAAUUUCAGUAUUCUAAACAAGCAGACACCGGACAAUCCAUCCUUACCGUUCAGCUUUAUGAAUGAGACAGUAUGGAUUAAGCCAGAAGAUCAGCUGCCAUGUUACUUGACUCAUACCAACCCUAGAGUGGAUGAGAUUGUCCUUAAGAACCUUCACCUUAAUAGUCAUGUUAAGGAAACAAUAAGAGGACCCCGAUACUGUCCCUCCAUUGAGUCAAAAGUUUUACGUUUUCCAAACCGUCAACAUCAGGUUUGGUUGGAACCUGAAGGAAUGGAUUCUGACCUUAUCUACCCACAGGGGUUAUCUAUGACACUACCAGCUGAGUUACAAGAGAAAAUGAUCACAUGCAUCAGAGGCUUGGAGAAAGCUAAAGUGAUUCAGCCAGGCUAUGGUGUUCAGUAUGAUUACUUAGAUCCCCGUCAGAUCACUCCUUCUCUGGAAACUCAUUUAGUUCAACGGCUCUUCUUUGCUGGACAGAUCAAUGGCACCACUGGUUAUGAGGAAGCAGCAGCUCAAGGUGUGAUAGCUGGAAUCAACGCCAGUCUUCGGGUCAAUCGCAAGCCUCCCUUUGUGAUUAGCCGAACAGAAGGUUAUAUAGGAGUCUUGAUUGAUGACCUCACCACUCUGGGCACCAGUGAACCAUACCGCAUGUUUACCAGCCGAGUAGAGUUCCGUUUGUCACUGCGCCCCGAUAAUGCUGACAGCCGGCUCACACUGCGAGGAUAUAAAGAAGCUGGCUGUGUGUCCCAACAGCGAUAUGAAAGAGCUUGUUGGAUGAAGUCUUCUUUAGAAGAAGGCAUUUCUGUGUUGAAAUCUAUUGAGUUUUCAAGCUCUAAGUGGAAAAACUUAAUCCCAGAGGCUUCUAUAAGUACUAGUAGAAGUCUGCCUGUCAGGUAUACAUUUUUAAUACAGACUUUUUCUCACUUUUUAUAGAAAAAUAAGAUCAUUUCAGAAACAUUACCUAUAUAUAUGUUCCUACCCACAUUUUAAAUGAAUGUAGCUUGUUUUUAGCUUCUUUUCAAAAUCCUUUAGCUGUUUUCUCAGUAUUAAAAAAUACAGCUGGGCAUGUGGCUCACACCUCUGAUCCCAGCACUUUGGGAGGCUGAGGCAGGUGGAGCACCUGAGGUCAGGAGUUCAAGACCAGCCUGGCUAACAUGGCAAAAGCCUGUGGCUACUAAAAAUACAAAAAUUAGCCAGGCUUUGGACAUUCAGAUUCUUGAUGUGGCAGUAAGAAAAGGGAAAAAAAAAUUAGCCAGGCAUGGUGGUACAUGCCUGUAAUCCCAGCUACUCAGGAGGCUGAGGUAGGAGAAGCACUGGAAC